AUGAUAACACAAGAUCCAGCCAAAUUGGAAAAAUUACUUAAAUUCGCUAAAAAAGGUGGUAUUGGAACAUGCGUAGCCAAUCAGGACAUAAUUGCACAUUCUGAAGAUGAUUUGAUGUUUUAUGCAGGAGAAGUUAUAACCGUCCUGAAACGUAUCAAAGAUGAUUUAUAUCUUGGUUAUUGUAAAGACGUUAUAGGGAUAUUUAAUGGUAAAGCUGUCGAUUUUAAUGAACCUUUAAAAAUUCCAAGGUCAUUAAGAUUGGAAAGACCUUCAAGCAAAAUUUCAUCGAUAUAUAGUUUUGAUCAAAGUUCCUCCCAUCAGGCAAGUUUUCUUUAUCCUUCAGAUACCACAAGGUCAACUCAAUCUUCAAAUGAGUCAAUUUUAGGAUUAUCAGGUAUAGGAAAUAAUUCAACACCUUCAUCACCUAUAAUUAAAAUUAUACCAGCUACCAGCGAAAUUAAUUAUAAUAACAAUUCAUCGCUUUCGCUUAAUCAAAGUAAUGUUCCAAGAGUUAUUCCAUCACCACGAAAAUCAUCAAUAUCGUCUGAACAUUCAAUACCAUUAUCACCUCAUAAACAAAGUACGAUGCCAUAUUUAUCGAACAAUCCAGAACCCAUCAUGCCACUUUCAAAAUCCCGACAGUCUCUAAUCAACGGUCAAAAUCAAUCUAAUCACAGUGAUUCAAGUAAUAAUGACACAAGAAAACCUCAAAAUUUUACAACGAUAAUUCCAGGUAAAAGCCAAAAUAAUAUGCAAAGUGUUACAAUAGGGCAACAACAUAUUCUGGGAAUGUCGAUUGAUCCAGUUCCUCAUCGGAUCGUCACAUCAAAGUCACGAGACGAUCAUUAUCGUUCAGGAAGCAUCUCAAACUCUGAUAUUUCAUCACAAAGUUCUUCACUAGCAUCAUCACCAGUAUCCAUUUAUAAUAAAGGACGUUCUCAAGUAUUUGGUUCUCCAUUGAAUUCACCAACUUCACCUAAAUCUAUUCAAUAUAAAUCACGUAAUCCAAUAUUUAACAUAUCAAAUGGAGCUUCUAUGGUUAAUGGAAGUAUUACAUCAGAUUCUAUCUCUUCACCUCCUCGUUCGCCUUUUGGACGAAAUUCACCUUCUCCAAUUCCACAAAGAAAAUUUUCCAUCGCAACUACGAUCGGUCAUGAUUCGCCUUCAACCACACCUUUACCCUCACCAAAGUUGACACAAAUAAAAGUGAUUCAAGAGGAACAGAUUUUGUUGGACGGUCGAUAUUCUACAUCCACUACUCCUUUGCCUUCACCACGUUUUAUUCCUAGAAACAUGAUCAAUAAUAAUAACAAUCAUCAAUUUGGAAGUUCUGAAGGUCGGGUGACUUCCGCAAACACACCAGCCCCAACGCCUGUUAUAAUCACCCCAAAGAUUACUCUUGAAGAUAGUGAUAUCGAUGAUAGCGAUGAUGAUCAAGAGGAAAGCUUAAUUGCAUACGCGUCUUCUAGUAAUAAUUCAACGAAAUCAUCAUCAUCAAAUAAUCCGUCAAAAACUACGGAAGUUCCUGCUUUAAAGGUUGAGAAUGCUUCAGACUCCAUAUCUGAUACCCCCUCUGAACAAUUGAGUACAAAUGAGAGUGAAGAGAUUAGUUCUGAAGACGAUAAGGUUGAAGAAAAGAACGAAUCCGAAUCUGGAGAGACACAAUCUAAUAAAUCCGCUAAAAAGGAGAAGAAUGAAAACCUGACCAUUGAUGAAUACGGUUUUGUUCGUGAUGUCACCGAAGAGGAUAUUCCUCCAGGAGUUGAUAGAAUUCAAAGAAUUAUUCAGGCACCUGGUACAGAAGAGAAGAGUACGCGUACAAUUCGGUUGUAUCGUGAACGUGAAGUGAAAUGGAUCGAUCUUUUCGGAAGUAUGGAUUCUACUAUGGUCCAAGACUCUAGAAAAAUCAAGAAAUUGGUACGUUCUGGAAUUCCCGAAUCAGUUCGUGGCAAAGCAUGGCAAUUUAUGGCCGGUGCAAACAAGUACAGGAAACCUGGUGUUUUUGACGAAUUACGAAAUCGACCAAAGCUACCCAUCUACGAUGUUAUUGAAAGAGAUAUUCAUCGUUGUUAUCCAGAUCAUAUUCAAUUCCGGGAAGAAGCUGGAUUUGGACAAGAUGACCUUCACAAUAUUUUGAAAGCUUAUGCUCAUUACAACCCAGAGGUAGGAUAUUGUCAGGGAAUGGGACGUUUGGUUGGUAUGAUGUUGAUGCAAAUGCCGGCUGAAGAUACCUUUUGGUUACUCGUUGCGACUAUUGAAGAAUAUAUGAUUGGAUACUUCACACCAACUUUAUCUCAGGUUCGAAUUGAUUCAAUGGUUUUUGAGCAACUAUUAGCUGAUCACGAUUCAAAGUUGGCACAGCAUUUGGCGGAGAAUGAUAUUCUUCCACUUAUGUACAUAACUCAGUGGUUUAUGACAAUUUUCACUAUGGCUUUACCGUGGGCUUCGGUUUUACGCGUUUGGGAUAUAUUUUAUUUUGAAGGAGUGAAACUUUUUUUCAGGAUUGGGUUGGCUAUUAUGGACUGUACAAGGGAGCGUUUACUUAAAACCUGUCCAACGAAUUCAGAAAUUCUCGGAUUCUUGUUACAUAUACCACAUGAUUUGUUAACACCCGACUUAUUAUUAGGAGCAGCGUUUAAAAUUCGACUAAAGCGUAGCACAAUUAGAAGGAUAACCAAAAGAUUUAAUGCAGUGGAAAAUAAUAAUGAAGUUGGGUCGGAUUCAGCAUCUGUCAAUACAACGGGUGUUAAUAAGGAAACCCGAAGGGGAUUAAUGAAGAAGUCGAGAAGCAUUGAUAAAUUAAAGAUUGAUGGCAUUGAAUUCAAAUUAGUCGGAGAGUGA